UUUUCUUUCCUUCGUUUCAGAUGGGUGAACAAUGGUGAUAACAAUGGCGAAGCUAGCAGUUGUGUCCUUAUUUCUUCUGGCAGCCUCAACAUGCCUAUCUCAAGAAAUAGACUGGACCAGAAAAUGCAACAAAUGCAAGUGCGUCUGGUCAAGCGGAAAGAAAGUAGCAGAUUGUACAGAUAUAAACCUAAGCGCUAUACCAACAGAUCUCAGUACGCAGAUACGUGAAAUGGACUUUUCCCUCAACCCUAUCUACGAGUUGGGGCCCAAAGUUUUUUUCAAGAACAAAAUUAGAGAUGUACAUAAACUACGAUUCCAAAACUGUAGCUUAGAAUCCAUCGACAAAACCGCUUUUGAAGGCGUAUGUCUGCUCAUCGAGCUAGAUCUAUCGAAAAACAACCUAAAGAACAUCGAUAAGGAAACUUUCAAGGACAAUCUCAAAAUGAGAAUACUGAAUCUUAGUUUCAACAAAUUGACGAGACUCGAGAGUGGCCUAUUUUACAACAUGACGCAUCUACAGAAGAUAGUCCUGAACGACAAUCAGAUCAGCUGGAUGGGCCAGACGGUCUUCGAGAAGCUGCCUGCUCUUCAACACAUUAACCUAGGCAACAACAGGUUGAAAAGCGUGGUCAACGACUUCACCAAGAACUUGGAAAAGUUGAACAGUUUGAACAUGGAGGGUAACCCCUGGGUUUGCGACUGCCACUUGGAGCAGUUUAGGAGGAAAACGUUGAGGGAGAAUUGGAUAACCACCCCUACGAGUUGUGCAGAACCACCAAGGCUCAGGGAUAGGUUGUGGUCUGGAUCAGACGUGUUCGCUUGUGCACCAACCAUUCUAGAGCCUCAGGGGAUGACCACAUUGGAAGUUUCAACCACCAACGUUUCCUUAACGUGUAAAGUGACUGGACAACCUUUGCCAGACGUGGACUGGGUCAUAAAUGGCAGGAUCAUAGCUAGAGACCCUAGACAAUCCACGCAAAGAUACUUCCUAGCCAAAAACAUCGAGGGUAAUUUCACCUGGAACAACCUCACCAUAGUCAACGUGAACUACAGAGACAGGGGAGAGUACAAAUGUUUAGCCAAAAACCCCGGAGGCACAGACGAACACAACGUAACUCUACUCAUCUCCAGCGAGCUCACCCACACUGCCGGUGUUGCCAACAUAAUGAAACCAUUUGAAGGUUACUAUCUAAUAGUUGUCGCAGCUUUACUAGCAGCGGUCUUCCUGCUGAUGCUGAUCUCGCUCCUGCUGUGUCGAUGCAGGAAGGAGAGCCCUAGGAACGGGACUGACAGGAAGGGUGGCGAUAACGAGUCAUCCAGUGAGUACAUAAACCUGCACGGACAGCCAGAUUUGGAGAAGUCGCUCAUCACGGAUGUCAAUCCGGUUGUCAAACCCCCCAGAUUCGUGAUGCCCACACCUAUGAGCAUGAGCAGUGGUGGGACCGAAGUUAGUGACGCUAAGAGAAAUCUUCUGGACAGCGACAGUGUCUACAUUGGAGACGACGAAUCACGUUCGCUCGACUUCGAUAUACAAUCGAGGAGAACGGACAUGAUGGACAUGCGACUGCCCUACCCGCCAGAUCUGCUCCCACCAUUUCCACACAGAGCAUCACAGGUAUCACCAGCUGGCAGCUCAGCAUCCACCGUUGCAGAUACAUCCCGUUUGCCAGCCCUGCACGGACCUCAAUCACCUCUUCACAGCCCCUUCUACGACCACAUCUAUCGAACGCUGCCCCACUCAAGGUCUCACUCACCCUUCACCCCUGUGUCAGCCCCCUUUGUUCCCAGACAGGGCUACGUCACCAUCCCAAGGCGCCCCAGACAGCAAAGUUGGAGCAGCGAGCCUCCAGAGGUUGCUGAACCUCUUUACGAUAACUUGGGACGACGUACGACAGCUACUGGUAGUUUGAUGAACAAACUAGCACUGAGUCCUUCCAGUUGCGACCCUAUAGCUGAGAACGAAGCACCACCUACAGUCUCGGCCACGCUUCCUAGGAACCUGAACCAGAAGCUGUCGCCCUCUAGGACCAACUGGGCAAGAGCUAACGCCGAGGCUUUCCAGAGUCCGGAUAGGAGGAACUCUUUGUCUGUGUUCCCUCCAAGCGAGCAGAAACCCUCCAAGAUACCACCAAGACCACCGCCGAAGCCCAAGAAGAAAACCCCAACCGGACCACUCUUCGAGGACGAAGGAGAGGACGGUACGGAAGUGUGAGAAUGGCUUAAACUGGUGCUUCCGGCACUGGUUGCUUGCAGUUGAGAGUACGGACCAAGGGACUUUUGUACACAGGGUUUUCUACUAGGACUUUAAUUGAUUUGAAUCGAACAGUGCCUUCCCGUCGAGUAGUUUAGUGACUAAUAAAAUAAUUAAAUCGGUAUUUAUUUGUUCGUGCUUGAAAAAUCGGAUUUAAAAAUGUGCGUACUUGUAAUUUUCAUACGGGCUUCCAAACGA